CCCCAACGCCCUCUCCUUAAAACUCCUUCAUCCUCAAACCCGUCUCCCCUCCCUCUCAAAACCCCUCUUCCCAACGCCCUCUCUUCAAAACUCCUUCACCCUCAACCCCGUCUCCCCCUUCCUCUCAAAACUCCUUCACCCUCAACCCUGUCUCCCCAAACUCCUCUGGCGCCCCCCCCCCAUAUCCCCAAACACCCUUGGACCCCCCCCCCCGUCUGCCCAAACCCCCACCCAUGUCAGGCCACACUUGGACUAUUGUCAACAGUUUUGGGCCACAUAUCUCAGAAAAGACAUCUGAGUUUUGGAAGUUGCUGUAUUAUCUCCUGAAAAUGAUCGGUGAAAACAAGAAAUGUCCAGUCAUAGAUCUGGCUCACCAUAUUACGUAUGUAAAGGCUGCUGUUUCUUACUAUGGUUAUGGGUUCUUGGACUUCUACCAGCUUCCUGCUGAUGGCUCACGAGGCAGCCGAGAUCUUCUCCUGGUCUUCUCUUGGCUACUCCAGAAGACCCAGCUGCUGGAGGAGCUGCUGGACCGGCAGAGGGUGCAUGUGGAGGAUCAGGUGUCACUCUGCAUGUGCAAGCAGACUGGUGCUGUAAAGCCCCCAGGGACACCGGACAGUCAAGAAGGCAUGCAUGCCAUGGGGAUGGACGUGCGCUACCUGCAAUGUUUACACGGAAAACUGCGAUUCCGCUGGAAGAGUCUUCACAGUGCUCAGCAGGAGAGGUGUGCUUUCCUCUACAAGAUACACUCGAACACCAGAGGAUGCCACAAUGGACAAAGCAUCAAUCACUUGUCUGCAACAGAAAUGCGUCUAAUCCAAGAUUCUGUGCAAUGCAAUGAGUUUAUACAGCUGCUGGAGCAGGAGAACAUGCGACUGGAGGCGUACCUGAACUGGAAGCAGUUGGAGCCCUUCUUUUGGCAGUGGAUGGAAAGUGUACUGACUGCUAAGCUGCAAGAUACCCAGGACCCAGUGAAUGCAAAUGAUAUAAAAGCCAUCGAAUGCUUCCUGCAUCAGUCAGGGGAUCAUGGUGACUCUGUCAUCUUCAGAGAAAUGGAUAACCUUUCUAGUAAGAUCCUGAAGUUGCAGAUGAAGCUGCAAGGCAGGCAAAAAACCAAGGUUAAAAAGACUGAUGCCCAGGAGCGAAGGAGUCAAUCUCCCACCAGGAGGCUUGAAUCAGUUUUCCCGACGUGGAAUGAUAUGGAAAAGAAGCUGGGAGAACUUCAAGCCAGAGUUAACCACCAGCAGAGACGACACGGCCAUGCCAGGUUGGCACUGAGAUCCCCUUUGCAGUUUCCUUCUGCAAAGCAAGACAGUGAGAGUCUGUCAGCUUCGGAGGUGAUCAUGCAGCUGAGAACUGAGGAGACUGCGUUAAGGAGAGAACUGCAGGAAAUGCAGCAGCUUUGCAGAGAGUCUCUUGCAGAAGUUGUGGAGAGACAGGAUGGUGUGAUAUGCCUACCUCCCAUGCAGCGAGGAAGCACUGGUAAUUUAUAGGUUGCUGCUGGAAAUGUCAUUCUGAUUGCUGCACUCACCCAGAGGGAUUUAUCGUCUGCAGUAGAUUCAGAAUUGGUGUGGUGAGAUGUACUGGCCACUGACCUUGUCUGUACUAUGAAGAUGAAGCAGGAAGAUUACCUUGAGUGUGGUUCCUUAGGCUGACAGUGCAGCGGUGUUAAUGCCCGUGGGUCGAUGGUCAGUCUCUCUCAGUUUCAGGGGUCUCUGGUGCAUGGGAGAUCUGGAAAAGCAUUUGCCCUGACAGGACAAACUUCACUGUGGUUCAAGCAUGCAGAAUCGCUCAGUUUUGCUCUGAAUUUAACCUCUUAUUCACAGUUGAUAUUGGGAUCUUCCUACUGCGUGGAAGUCUGUCAUUGGAUUUGCCUCCUGUUUGCACUAGGACUGGAAGCAAUCCAUGCUCUCCAUCUGCCCUGGCAUUCAGAGCUUUUUCUGCUGACUUCAUUUAGCUGCCUUUGACCGUUCACCAUCUCAGUACCCUAACCACAAUCGGUCGUCUUUAUUUAGGCACCUUUAACCACUGUUUAACAUAUUUAGCCAACAUCAGGCAACAUUCAUUCACUGUGACCAUAGUCAAUAAAAAUGUGUUAUUUAUAAAUA